UUCACAUCGGCUUGAUUCUUCAAGAUGGGAAUGAAGAGCUUUCGAGAUGAGUAGCACUUUCGAUAUUCAGCCUAUUGGCCGAUUUGUUGGCCAGAGCGCUGUCAUAAAAAGACCUAAGGAAAUAGCAUGUUUCUCAUAUGGCGACAAACACCAGUUUAGACUGGACGGCUCGUCAAUCAGAUACUACUGGCCUCCAACUUUAGGAGCUGAUCUUGCACGAGGUUUUGAUACCUUUGAGAAGCUUGAUGAUAAGGCAGAUGAUCAUCUUGAUAGUUUGCUAAAGACGAUCAUUGCCCAUGAGCAAGGGCUGGGGAAGGCCGUUGAGGCGGACCUCAUCACUUGGAGAGGAAUGAUGACCAAGUUCAUGGCGGCAAUUUUCAGUGACCGAGAUGGCUUCGAAAUGAACGCCACGCUUUUCCAAGACACCAUCUUCCUCGAAGAGAAUCACUCAUACAAACUUAAUUCUCAAGCAAAACAAUCUCAACAAGUUUCGCAACCUGGAAGGCCAUCACAGGAUAUGAUGUCGUUUUGGGGAUAUAAAUUCGAGACAUUGUGCUUGUUGCCGUCCAUUUGGGCGGAGACAUCACGAGAUUACAUCGAAAAUCGAGAGAACGAAAUUGUCAACAAUCACGCUCAAUAUUGUUCUGUCGUGAAAACUGGCAUUGGCAAUACGGUGAUGAUUCUCGGUGGUGAAGUCGAUGCAGUAUGGGAUUCAAAGCCGACCGAUGGUAGCCCCAUCAACUGGGUCGAAUUGAAGACGAGCGCCGAUAUCCGAAAUGAUAGGGACAUGAUCACUUUCGAGCGUAAACUCAUGAAAUUCUGGAUACAAUCAUUUCUCCUUGGGGUUCCCAAAAUCAUUGUCGGAUUUCGGACGCCGGAUGGGAUCUUGAAGAGAGUCGAGGAGAUGGACACGGCUUCGAUACCUGGGACAGUGAAGAGGCGUGGGAAAGGAACUUGGGAUGGCAAUAUGUGUAUCAAUUUUGCAUCGGCGUUACUCGAUUGUAAGCCUGGUUUGCAUGGUGUGGGGUUUAGCUAACAGAAGUAGUCUUAAAAGUUACGAUCACUGACGAUGGAGUUUGGAGGAUUCGAAGGAAAGAGAAGACUUCCACUAUCGAGGUGUUCCAGGUUGAAGAAACGGGACAUGGAGAUAUUCUCUCUGAUGAGUUCAUCAACUGGAGGAUAAAGCUUGCGUUGAAUCGAAAGCCACCUGAGACGACGGCAGGGACUGAGAAACUCCCACCUAUGGACACGAAUCUAGCAGAAGCUCCAGUAUAGGGAGAAACCGAUUCUUAUGAUAGGUCGACAUCAAGUACUACUGUAGAAAUAUUGUACCACCUCCGAUGGGUACUUUGGCUCAUGGGUCAC